AUGGAUAACGAAAGUGAGCCGGGUCCAAGCGGUUUGGGCACAACCGAAGCUCUAUUGAAAAGGAUCGAAAAAGCAAAAAAGGAAGAAUAUCGAAUGAGAGAAAAAAUGAUGCCAAAGAAAAGGGGAAGGCCGACAAUGAAUAGAGAAGAAAAGAAGAAAGAUGGAGAACGGCAUGGACAACAAAACAGACAACAAGUGCAUCGACCUGAGCCAUUGCUGCCGAAUCCGGCUUUCGAGAAAGUCAUCGAGCAACUGAUGCGAUUAACAUUACACGUUGAUUCGAUGAUUGACGAUCCUAAUAGUCCACCCGGAUUGCCGGUUGGACCGAUGAACAAAGCCACGAGGACACCGAUCCGACCAACCGCCGAGCGAAGCGCCACCCAGGACGACGUUGUACAAGAUUUGGAGCGACAUUACCUUUUGAUGAUUGAUUAUUUAAGGGGAAUUCCCGAAUUCACCGAGAUGACCCCAAAAGAUCAGGAACAACUCGCUCAACGUCGCUUUUUCCCAUUCUACUGGUUCAAGCUGACCCACUAUUCGUGGAUGACAAAAUGCCAGGGAAUCGCUUAUGCAAAUGGGAGUUUCUAUCCGGGAAGUCUCGAGCAUCAACCGUGUCCCGAUGUGACUCGUAUGGUUUCCCGUUUGGCCGCUUUGUUACCAUUGUACAAUUGGUUGAAAUUGGACAACACCGAGAUGACGCUUUUGGUGUUCGUCUUGCUGUUUCACGAUGGUGUUCCCGAAUUGACGGCUGAAGGGAGAACGAAAAUACGAGCGGUCGGCCAGCUUUUCCUCAAAGUUCUUCACUAUUAUAUGCGAAGGAAAUCACCACCAUUGGAAUAUGAUAAAUUGGCGAUUCGGAUGGGACGAAUCAUGCUUUUCGUUGGCGACUUGACGUGUAUGACCCAUUUGACGUUCUCGAAUAUGCAAGUACACGAGAUAAUGCAUGUGAUCAAUUGGAAGAAAGCCGUCGACGGGAGAUUGGCCUGGAUUCAUACA